AUGGAGAGGUUGAAGCUUGGACCGACCAAGUUGUGGACGGGAUUGGUGUUGCAUCACAAGGAUGUGUUUGUCUCGCAUGUGCUUUCGAAAUUGAAUACGACGGAUCGGUAUUUGUUUGCAAAGGUGAAUAGUAAGAGUUGGGGUGUGCUUGCGUACGCAGGGGUAAACGUAUCGGAAUUGGGUUGGUCUAUUGACGAAUGUUCAUCCAUUUCGACGUUGGAAUGGGCGUGGAAUCACUAUCCCUGGGGAGAGGAAGAUAGAGAUGGAAGAGUGCUAGAUCAAGCCUGGUUUUGCUCGGAAGUUGCUGGAACGAACAAACUCGAGUUUCUCAAGUGGGCGAGAGAAGUGAAACAUUGCGAGUGGGAUGAAGAGACGAUUACUAUGGCAGCAGUUAAAGGUAAUCUCGAGAUGUUAAAGUACUGCUUCUCUAACGAUUGCCCGUGUGAUGAAGAAGAGGCGUGUGGACUAGCAGCUGAUGGAGGACACCUCGACUGUCUUCGAUUUCUUUUCGACAAAGUAAAACCUUCGCGAAGGACGGAGAAAAACGCAGCAUUACUGGCAGCAAGCGAUGGUCACAUGCACAUCUUGAGAUAUCUCGUCGAAGAAAGAAAGAUAUCCGAUGUAGCAAAGUUCGCCUGCGUGGGACAAGCUGCGUGGCAUGGCCAACUCGAUUGCCUCAAAUACUUAGUCGAAGAGGCGAAAGCGCCUCUUAACAACUUGGAAUACAUCGCUGGCGCUCGUUACAAAGAGUACCACGAGUGCGUAAACUACUUGCGAGAAAAAGGUUCUCCUGAGCCGACGGAUGAGCAAUACGCUGCAUUUGUCGAGGAUCAGCAACGAGAUUCCGAGGAAGAGAACAGCGAUUGA